AUGAUCAAACAGGAAGCUGGUGGUAGUGAAAAGGAACAAGUUAAAUGGUCAGAAAUAAUGGAUUAUGCGUACAUCCAAGCGAUGAUUAAACAACAAGAGACAGGCAAUAGGGUGAAUGGUAGUUUCACACCAAGUGCAUAUGCUCAAAUGGUUGAGGAAUUGAACACAAACCAUCAAAUGGAUAUUACCAAAAGUCAUUUGAAGAAUCGCUACAAAACCUUAAAAAAACAUUUUUCGCAAUGGUACGAUGUGUUUAGGGGAAUUUCAAUGAGCGGGUUCUCUUGGAAUUCGUCUACUCAACUAAUAGAAGUGGAGGAAGAAGUAUGGGAUAAUUUAAUAAAAUCAAAACCUGAGGUUGUGUCGUUAAAGACAAAAAAGAUUGCAUACUUCGAUGAGAUGUUGAUGUUAUUUGCAAGGGAUAGGGCAUCUGGUGCACAUGCUGAGACAGCGAAAGAAAGAAAUGCCCGAUUAAAUAAAAAUGAAAAUAUUCAAGUUGAAACAAUUAAAGAAGUUGAUGACAUGUUAGCUAACAAUGAAAUUCAUUUGGAGAACGAAUAUGUUGAUCUUGAUGAUAACAUUCAGGAUGUUAUUCCACCUCCUUUUUCACAAGAACAGUCUUCAUGUGCAAAGAAGUGUAAGAGUAAAAAGAGGAAAUUUGAAGACGACGACGAAGAAGAAGAUAUUAACUCAAAGAUAAUGAAAUCGGUUGAUAAUGUGGCUGGUGCUAUCAGGGAGGGUAAUAUAAUUUUUGAUAGAGCUUAUCCUCGGGAAUAUACAGGGGAAGAAAUUUAUAGAGAAUUGGAGUUGGUGGGUUUGGAACCCCAUGAAUUACCGAGGGCUCUAAAUUUUUUGGCAACAAAUCAAGCAAAAGCUAGGACAUUGUUCAGUUGUCCCCUUCAGAUACGAAUGGGUAUCCUCAAAGAUAUGAUGGGUGCACGUGAUUAAAUAACCUUGGGUGAUUGUUACUGGAUUGAUCUAAUGCGUUUAUGAUUUUGGUUUUUUUUAUUUUUUUUUUGAGUUGUUUGUGGUUUUCGUUUUGCAUCUUGAAAACAAUUGAAUAACAUGCGAUUUCCCUUUUUACAAUUUACUUUAUGUUAAAAUAAAAUUGUUUUGUUAAUGUUUUAAGUAGAGGGGAGGAAGGGAGAGUUGGUUUUUUUGGGGUAGGGGGUACGGUAGAAUGAAUGUGAGGAUGUAAAAACUUAAUAUUUACUCAAAAACAUAAAAGGGUAUAAUUGUCUUUUUUUACUUUCUUUUCUUUCCUUUAAUGAACUCGGGAGCACCUAAAAUGAAUACUCUCUUUUCCUUUCUUUCGAACUCGGGAGCACUGAAUACUUUAUUAUUUCCGUUCCCUUCCUUUUCCUUUCUCUCCUUGUUCUUCCUUUCUUUUCUUUUCUUUCCUUUAGUGAAUUCGGGAGCAGGGUGUAAGGCAUGAUCACAACGCUGAUGGGUGGCAACAGACCCGUACUCAGCUGCCUAAGCUAUGUAGAGAAUAGCCACUGCCACACAAAAUUAAUGGAAACUUCCACAUGUUCUUCCUUCAUCUAAAGAUUAAUAAAUACAAGACUCAUUCAGAUAUACCACACAAACUACAACAAUUAAGGAGCCUAUUAUUAUUCACCCCAACAUAUUCGGGGCCUAACUACACUAUGUGAAGUUGUGUCUUAGAACUUAUAUUUUUUUUAAUUGUAGUAGAUGGUAUAUGUGAAAAAAAAAAAAUAGGAACUAUUUUAUUAUUUAUAAAAAGACUACGUAAUAAUCUUUAAAAAAAAAUAUGAAUGAGCCUAUAUUUUUUUAAACA